CCGUGAUCAUUGUUCKUGGCGGAGUUGACACUGCAUUCAUUGCUUUUCUCGACGACUCGCUAGUAAACAACGAAAGACAAUGCGAAUCUUUGGUGCCGUUUCUGCAUUUUUGGUGUUGGUGUCGCCGAUUCUUUUAUGCGAGGGCUUCGCGAACGCCGGAAAGCGGCGAGGACUCCGAUCGACCUUCGAUUCGAUUGAAGGACUUCUUCGGGUUUCCAGAGAAGACACCGACGAUGUAGUUGACAACCCUAACUUGUYGGAAUCUCCAACUCCGAUUCCAUCACUUGAAAGCGAUCAAUUCCGUCACCCCCUAGAUCAGAGGCUGACAUCCUUGGUUCGAAAUGCUCCUUUUUACGAUUUGGCGGAAGAGACUCUUCGCCGUGCAUUCCCUUUGAUCGAACAGGGGGUUCAGUUAGACAUGCUGGCUUCGUCCGUCAAGGUAUCACCCCAGCAGCUACCAGAACUUCAUGACUUGCUAAUAGAAGCAUGCACUGUCUUGAAUUUUCCGUCCACGUUUGUACCAGAACUCUAUGUCCAGUCGAAUCCCCAAGCCAACGCCUACACGCUGGCACUGCAAUCCCGAAACAACAGCAAAAAAGACAAGGACGGCAAUCCCUAUUCAUCGUCUGUAAUUGUUGUUACAUCGGCGCUGGUUGAUCGGUGCACGCCGCGAGAAUUGCAAUCUGUGCUGGGGCAUGAAUUGGGACACCUCAAAUGUGAACACGCUCUUUAUCUGACGCUCGGAAACCUUGCGUCGUCGCCGUUGAGUCGAUUGCCGGUGAUGGGUCCACGGGUUGACUCCACCCUGCAAGACUGGAGACUGGCUGCCGAAUACUCGUGCGACCGAGCCGCAUUGCUCGUGGCACAAGAUUCAAACAUUGUAGCGAGCGCACUGAUGAAGCUGUUUGCUGGAACUUCGCGAUACGAUCUCAACACGGAAGCCUUCAUAGAGCAAUCGUUGGAUUACGAACGCCAACUCGAAUCCGCAAACCCUUUGGUUCGAAUGUCCAUACAGCGGCAACAACGAACGCAUCCGUUGCCUGUCAGGCGGGUUGCGGAGCUCGAAAAGUGGUUCCAGUCAGAUGAUUACCAAAAGCUUGUACCCUCCAAAUAAUGGAUAUCUCGGGAAUACGAACGGAAACAGACCACAAACAAUCUGGAAGAACUCUGAAGCAGGAUCCCAUAAGGAGGACACGGUAUAGCUGAAUGACAGUUGAAAACUGUAAGACGCAUCGGGCCACGAGACAACUAUCUUCAGAGAAUUUUCGGCAUUGGGUGCUACUUUAGAUGACGCCAAUGCCUUACUUUGUCGGAAGGCUUCAAACGCAUGAGAUAGCUCUCAUUGCGGCAAUGAAGUCACUCGAGUGAGAUUGCAACAUAAAUAUUGUGAUUGAAAACACAGGUCGGACGAAUCCGGUAUGGAAAGCACCACCUGAAGACAAAAUACGACAGUGUGAUAAACAAAAUAGAUACUUCUACUUUUC